CAAGAAAAAGUUAAACUAGAAAGCUCAUAAAUCUGUGAUGAUUUAUCUAUGUGUGAUUAUUGAAGAACAAAUUUCAAUAUUUUUCUAGUAGACGGACCAAAGAACUCAACCUGGUUUUUUUUUAAUACAACAAACACCACUUGAAAUUUCGAACGGAAUUAGGGUUUUUUUUGUUUUCACCAGUAAUUACGUCUCAUUUUCUUAGUUUUCGGCAAUGGCAGUGCAGACAAAUACUGAAUAAAUUCAAUUAUUAAUCGUCUCUACAACCCCAGCCUCACUCCGGUAUGCGCAGCAAGGACAGAAUCUCCUACUUCUAUGACGGGGAUGUGGGCAACGUUUAUUUCGGGCCGAACCACCCGAUGAAACCGCACCGAUUGUGCAUGACCCAUCAUUUGGUUCUCUCUUACGAUCUCCACCACAAGAUGGAAAUUUAUAGGCCUCACAAGGCGUAUCCCGUGGAGCUAGCGCAGUUCCAUUCUCCCGAUUACGUGGAGUUUCUGCAGCGAAUCACUCCCGACACACAGGAGCUUUUCUCGAACGAGAUGGUUAAACAUAAUCUUGGAGAAGAUUGUCCGAUCUUCGAGAACCUGUUUGAGUUUUGUCAAAUUUAUGCCGGUGGUACAAUAGAUGCUGCACGUAGAUUGAAUAAUAAGCUGUGCGACAUUGCAAUAAAUUGGGCUGGUGGAUUGCAUCACGCGAAGAAGUGUGAGGCAUCUGGAUUUUGUUACAUCAACGACCUAGUUUUGGGAAUUUUGGAGCUUUUGAAGUAUCAUGCGCGUGUGCUGUACAUUGAUAUCGAUGUGCAUCACGGUGACGGGGUCGAAGAAGCUUUUUAUUUCACUGAUAGGGUGAUGACUGUUAGUUUUCACAAGUACGGCGACAUGUUCUUUCCCGGAACAGGUGACGUCAAGGACGUAGGAGAAAGAGAAGGCAAAAAUUAUGCCAUAAAUGUACCUCUAAGAGACGGAAUAGAUGAUGGCAGCUUCUUUCGUCUCUUCAAAAUGAUCAUUCUGAAGGUUAUGGAGUGCUAUGUACCUGGAGCCAUUGUUCUCCAAUGUGGAGCUGAUUCGCUUGCUGGGGACCGUUUGGGUUGCUUCAACCUUUCCAUUGAUGGGCAUGCAGCUUGUGUUAAGUUUGUGAAGCAACUAAAUUUGCCUUUGCUGGUAACUGGAGGUGGAGGAUACACUAAAGAGAACGUUGCUAGAUGCUGGACUGUGGAGACUGGUGCUCUUUUGGAUGUCGAGCUCCCUAAUGAGAUCCCGGAAAAUGAAUACAUCAAAUAUUUUGCUCCGGAUUACUCCCUGAAAUGCCCCAGUGGACACAUGGAGAAUCUAAAUAGCAAAUCGUAUCUCAACACUAUCCGACAGCAAGUGUGUGAAAAUCUUAGCGCCAUCCAACACGCUCCUGGUGUACAGAUGCAAGAGGUGCCUCCGGAUUUUUAUAUUCCCGACUUUGAUGAAGACCAGCAUAAUCCCGAUCAGCGUGUGAAUCGACAUGCACAAGACAAGCAAGUACAGCGUGACGACGAAUAUUACGACGGUGAUAAUGACAAUGAUCAGAAUAUGGAUGAUUCAUAGAGAGUUAAUCCCCCUUUUCGGAUGAAUCAUAUAGUUUUACGAUCGGAGAAUUUUAUUUCCUUCUUUUUUUUGUUUGGCUAACUAUGUAUUGUCAAAAUGUAAAUAUAUGACAGUAACUAAUAUUGUCUUUAGGUACCAUUUGUGUGUGUAUAUUUAUUAUUUUGUCUAUUAGCAGGAACAUUAAAAUAUUAUUUAUUUAUUUAA